AUGGGAGGCCGUCAUGCCAGGUACGUAUCCGCACCGACAACAACGCUCACUGUGAAGUCGUCAUGCCAGGUACGUAUCCGCGCCGGCAACACCGGUCUAUGGGAGGCCGUCAUGUCAGGUACUAUCCGCGCCGGCAACAACGCUCUAUGUGAGGCCAUCAUGUCAGGUACGUAUCCGCGCCGGCAACACCGCUCUAUGGGAGGCCGUCAUGUCAGGUACGUAUCCGCGCCGGCAACAACGCUCUAUGUGAGGCCUUCAUGUCAGGUACGUAUCCGCGCCGGCAACAACGCACUAUGUGAGGGCUUCAUGUCAGGAACAAAGACACAUAUCCAUGAUAUCGAAACAAUCGAACCCGAGUUACGUGCACGCACUAUGUUGUAUCAAUCAGUUCUCUCUAUAAUAUGGACGUUACUUCCGGUAUGUCUGGCACUGCCCACCAGACCACCAACACCGCAAACACCACCGACACCACCGACAACGACAACAGAGCCAACAACAACACUUGGGGGACCGUACUUGCCGCCGGGAGCAUGUUUUGAAAACAAUCACUUGUACUAUAACGGCGAGACCAUAGAUACGGACCCCUAUAACUGCUAUGGUUCGGUAUGUCAGGACGGAGGUGUUCUAAACUGGGAUGCUAAGUGCUUCUUCUACACGCCCCCCUGUGACGGGACAUCCGAGCGGGUGUUGGGGAAGUGUUGCCCAGUGUGUCACACUACCGUGACUCCUCCCACCACCACACCACCUCCUACACCAGCGGGUCCUGUGGUUGGUUGAUGCCAUACAUUAACUGUGUUUUUUAUAAAUAAAAGUUUAUACAUUGCAA